GUCAUGGAUCGUGUGAAACUGUGUGAUCAAAUCCUGCUGCAGAAGCUGCACCUGCUGAGCAAUGAGGUGCUCCGGACGAACCGUGGCAUCACGGAACGGGACAUGGAGGAAGCGUUCAAGCAGUCGAUCGGAUACCGACCGCCACGGUUCUUUCCCCAGAACGACGGCAUACUGGCGAUCGUGUACAGUGCCAUAUUCGUGGUCGUGCUGUUCAUCAUCACGCCGUUUCUGGCAGGAUUCCUCGAGCUAGCGCUCGGUAUGCGCUGCAUCGUGCCAAACAACUAUCUCAUCUGGGAGGCAACGCGUCCCGUAUCGAACUGUGACUUUUGUCGCGGUGUCGACCGACCCAUUAUACUGCAGAAUCUUACGCGCGAGGAGUUCCAACCGUACGCGUACUCCUCCAGGCCGAUCAUCAUCAAGCGCGCCGUGUCGCACUGGCCGGCGGUGCGUCUGCUCAACUACACGUUUCUGAAGGACCUCUACCUGAAGCACCCGGCUGCGCUGGACAGCCUGCACGAGGAUUGCCAGUUUUUGCACUUUAAAUCAAACUUCCAAACGCUGCGCGACGUCUUCCGGAUGUCGGACGAUCGGGCCGAGUUUCGAGCUGGGCAGCAACCGUGGUACGUCGGCUGGAGCAACUGCAAUCCGGCCGUGCUCGGGGAGCUCCGGAAGCUGUACCCGAAGCCGCACUUCCUGCCCGACGAUGCGGAAAUGCCCAACACCGACUUUGUGUUUCUCGGUUACGAACAGGGCGCCGUCAUGCACAUCGAUUACAUCCCGCGGUUGAUGUGGCAGGCGCAGCUGCGGGGUAACAAGAGCUGGAUUCUCGCCCCAACCCCCGAGUGCGACGCGGAAUGUCGCAGCUUUAGCUUCUACGUCGAGCCGGGUGACGCGCUGCUCGUCGACACGCGCCUCUGGUAUCACGGUACGUUUAUCCACUCGAAGGGCGAGUUUUCUCUCACGAUACAGUCAGAGUACGGGUAGAUUUGGCAGUGAAACCGGGCAGGACUCAUGUGUAUGUCUCGUCGAGCAAGCGCAACGACGUGUAGAGCGCGAGCGCGUAGCACUAACGAUACUAUUACUAAAACGCCAACUAGAUUUGAUAAUGAUUUCCGCGAUUGCGCCCCACGAUCGUUGAACGAUCGGGUCGUCCCUAGUCGCCUCGAAGGAUACGCCUCGAGACCAUCCUUCAUUACGCAUUUUGCAUUCUCAUCUUCCGAAGGUUUUUGCUACCGAGCGUUUC